UAAGGUUAAGCUUUUUUUCUCUUCCACAUUUAUUUUACUUUAUGCCACUUAUAAUAUUCUUCUUCUUCCCUUAAUUUGAUAGCUCUAUUAUUCUAUAGCCAUGGCUGAUCAUUAUUCCUUCUGUUUACUUGGUCUUAUGGACCGCCUUUGGUUUAAUCAGAUAAUUCUUUUCUCUGAAUCUUCUUCCUCUACAGUUCUACUUCCUCAAACCCUAAAACAACAGAGCUCUUUCAUUACAUCUUCUCUUAAUGAGUUUUCUUCAACUUCUACUCUUUCUUCAUCAAAAGAAGGAGAUGAUUAUGAUGACGAAGAAGUUCGUGUUCUUACGUCAAAUUUUUCGGAAGAUGAUGUCUCUUCAUCAUCAAACUCAUCUUCAAUCAGUUUGCAGUUUAAGAAAAGUAACUUGGGUGACAAGAAAGAGCAAGAACAAGAUAAGGAGAGACCAACAAGAUUGAAUGUCACAACAAAAAGAGCCCGUUCGCAAUCUUCAUCGCCCUCAUUUGCGAAACGACUUACUAAAAACACCGGAUUCAGUAAAGUGUUGCAGAAAUCCAUGAGCUGCAGAACCUUAGGAGAGCUCGAAGUUGAAGAAGUGAAAGGAUUUAUGGACCUUGGCUUCAUUUUCAAGAAAGAAGAGAUAAACCCUAGAAUGAUAAGUGUACUUCCUGGAUUAUCAAGAUUCGGAUUGUACGAACAAAAACACGAAGAUGACAACGAUGAUGACAUAGUUAGAGAUGAUGAUGAUGAAUUAGAACAAGCGAGAGGAAUUAUUAGACCAUAUUUAUCAGAAGCAUGGCUAAUAAGGAGACCUGAUUCGCCACUGUUAAAUCUAAGAAUGCCAAGAGUACCUUCAGCUGCUGACAUGAAAAAACAUCUAAGGUCUUGGGCUAGAACUGUUGCAUCUGAAAUUCAGCAACAAUCUUGAUUGUGUAAUAAAAAUAUGUAUAUUAUAUAAAGGAGAGGUAAUCUAAGGAAAAGAUUUAUAUUA